AUGCUAGUGCGUUGCGUGAAGAUUCUAGUAGCGGUAGUGCUUAGUUUGACAUUCACCAUCUCCCUGUCGAAGCUGGUGCUGUGCGUGUGGAACGGUUGGUUUAACGCGGAUGCCGCCGAUUACGAAAUAUUCGCGCCCUUCUCCUCGGGGCCCGCCCCCCACCAGCAGCGCGUCUCCAUCGUCGACAGUUGGCUGGACCACAAUCAGCUGGGGAAGCACAAACAGCUCUUCCGUGACCGAGGUAUCUCCACACUGUCGAGCUGUGGGGAUCCGGAACGCCUACCGGAGCUGCCACCCGGCGAUGAACAGCGUCUUCAGCGAGCUGCCUUGAAUCUACAACAGAAACUGAUACUUCGCGAGUGGCUUAAGGAGCAUCGACUGCAGCAUCAUUACUCGAGGUUGGUUGCGAUCGAAGUGACAACGCUGGAGGAUGUGUACUGGUUGGAGGACUCCCGUGCAAGCCAGAUCCUCGGCAAGGACUGGCCGGCUUGGUCGAGCGCGCGCCAGAAGCUGCCAACCUCGAAGCCCAACCUGGAAGCCUUAAAAGCCGACCUCUGGUCGACGGUGGUCAAGUCCAGCCAGCACCAGGAUGCGUGGACCUGGGGCGGCAUGCUGGUGGUGUCGGUGUCCGUGGCCGGUCUGGUGACGCUGGCGGCGAUGACGCAGCCCUCGCUCGCGCCCGAAGCCCGCCACUCGCUGCUGCAGUACGUCACCGGGAAGUACCUGCUGCCGGCCAACUGCAAGGUCCACUGGGACUGGACGGAUCCGGCCCGAGUCGGCGGCACGAUGUGCUUUACGGUGCGCUUCCAUCAGCGCAACGGCCAGGCCUAUCCCAUCUGUGAUACGGAUCAGUUCUUCGUCGAGGUCACCGAGGGCACGCGCAAGAUCGUCACGAUCAGCGAGCUCGGCUCGCCGACCGAUCCGAACAACGCCAACAUCGCGAAGGUGAAGUUCACCGUCCGAACCGCCGGCCAGUACAAGAUCUCGGUGCUGAUCGGCUCGAGCCACAUCGCCGGCAGCCCGUUCGUGAAGACGUUCAUUCCCGGACCGAUGGAUGCCCGCCGGUCACGCCUCAUCCGACCGGCCAGCACGGUGGUGUGCUGUGCCGGCGCCCCGACGUCGCUGCACAUCGAGCCGCGGGACGAGCACGGCAAUGCGUGCCAGUUCGAGGCCGACUGCGACCCCAUCAAGGGCUACAGCAUCGACAUCUUCGAUCUGCACGGGCACCAUAGUGAUAAGUUCGCCAGCGCGAUCACGUUCGCCUACGACAAGGUGAACACGCGGAUCAGCCUUACCGCGCUGUUCCCGGAACCGGUGUGCCUACGGGCCGUAGUCAGCUACGAGAGCAACGCCAUCCCGAACGGGGACUUCGACAUCAUCGUGCUGAGCAGCAGCGACACGACGCUGGUGCACAAGAACAUUGCCUCGCGCAAGCACAACAUCUGCUACGAGGCGAAGCUCUUCAGCAUCUACGGCCAGCAGCGUUGGACCAAACCCCGCAAAGUGCUCUGCUACGUCGGCCCCAAGCAGGUCACGAUCAAGGAGAUGAUCCUCAAGAUCAUUCCCAAGCGCAUCGCCACCUUUCGCCUAUGUCCAUCCACUAAGUUUCAUUUCCUGCCACCAUCCACCAUUCAGAUGAACAACAGCCACGGUGCGAUCUUCAUCAUCGACGACGGUUGUCAGCCCAAAAUUGAGCUGGCGUCCAAGGAGCGAAACGUCAUCGCGGCCACCUUUACCCACUUCCUGCUGAAGAACAUCGGCGGCUCGGAAACGUUCAAGGAUAAGCAAGACUUUUUCUACCACGAAGUACGCAAAUUCCAUUCCAACUACUACCAUGAGAAGCUGUCGCUGAAGGUGCAGCGAGAUAAAAUUCUAGAGUCAAGCAUGAAGGCCACGAAGAACUUCUCCGUGUCCGAUUGGUGUGGAAACUUUGAGGUUACAUUCCAAGGAGAACAAGGAAUUGAUUGGGGAGGUCUGAGACGCGAAUGGUUUGAGUUGGUGUGCAGUUCCCUAUUUGACCCCCGUGGUGGUCUCUUCUGUACAUUCCACGACAAGCGCCAGGCUCUGGUUCACCCGAACCCGAACCGACCGCCUCAUCUCAAGCUGAAGCACUUCGAGUUUGCCGGGAAAGUCGUGGGAAAGUGCCUGUACGAGUCGGCCCUCGGUGGAACCUAUCGACAGUUGGUGCGGGCCCGCUUUUCGCGCUCCUUUCUGGCGCAGCUGAUCGGUCUGCGCGUUCACUACAAGUACUUUGAGCAGGACGAUCCGGAUCUGUACCUAUCGAAGAUCAAGUACAUCCUGGACACCGAUCUCGAUACGAGCGAAAACCUGGAGCUGUACUUUGUCGAGGAGAUGUACGAUCAGAGUGGUCAGUUACAGAAAACUGUGGAACUGAUCCCGAACGGGGCCAAGGUGCGUGUCACCAACGCUACCAAGAACCAGUACCUUGACGCGCUGGCUCAGCAGCGUCUGUGCAAUAAUGUGCGCGAGGAGAUCGAUAGCUUCCUGAAGGGACUGAACGGCAUCAUACCGGACAAUUUGUUGAGCAUUUUCGAUGAAAACGAGUUGGAGUUACUUCUCUGUGGAACUGGUGAGUAUUCCAUCGCGGAUUUCCGAGCUAACCACAUCAUCAAUGGAGGUUCAGCCGAGUUCCGGCGUGUACUAGGAUGGUUCUGGGCUGCCGUUGGAAACUUCUCUCAAACCGAAAUGGCUCGGUUACUUCAAUUCACUACCGGUUGUUCUCAGUUGCCACCGGGAGGAUUCCAGGAGUUGAAUCCACGUUUCCAAAUAACUGCGGCGCCAACAUUUGGAAACCUACCUACUGCACACACAUGUUUCAAUCAACUUUGCCUACCAGACUACGAAAGCUAUGAGCAGUUUGAGAAGGCCCUCAUGUUUGCCAUCAGCGAAGGAACCGAAGGAUUCGGUAUGGUGUAG